CUCAGCAAUCACAACUCACACCCUCCCUCUGCAAUGAGUCAGUAAAAAGUGCCACAUGACCUGGAUAGCAGGAAGUAACGUACCGCUACACAAAACCAGUCUUCAGCAAGAAUCAGACAGUCUGUUGCUUAAAUUUUGCAGGAUUAUAGUCCAGUUGUUUUUAUUUCAACUUCGUUAAUAUCACCUAAAAUGUAUCUGAAACUACUCUUUGUGGCAUUGGCUCUUACCGCGCUGGGAAGUGCAACAACAGCCGAGGAACUAGGUGGCUGUUACAAUCAGACAAACUGUGCAGACUGCACAGAAUUCAUGUUUGCGAAUGAGACUGCCUGUCAGUGGGUGAAGUGCAAAGUAAACUCCUCAAUCACAGGUUCCUGUAUGAAUACAACUGCAACCAUCGGCACAAAUUGCACAAUUGUUAACGCGACCUCUUGCACAGCCAAUUCAACCACGGUUACUCCACAGACUGUGACCAACUCUACUUCUGUAGUGACAUCAGCUCCUUUGAACAAGACCACCACUGUUCCGGCUCGGACUACAACCACCUCACACAAUACCACCAGUCCUACAACAGCCAAAACCAACUCAACAGUGAUCCCCACCACAGCCCCCCAUAAGAAGUCCACCUUUGACGCAGCCAGCUUUAUUGGGGGCAUCGUGCUGGUGCUGGGCCUGCAGGCCGUCAUCUUCUUCCUCUACAAGUUCUGCAAAUCCAAGGACAGAAACUACCACACCCUCUAAGAGCCCAGCUCAUCCAGCGGUGGCAGUCUCUGUAUGCACUGCUUCCAAAUGUCAGCCACACCCCCUCAGUCCUUCCAAACAGUGUUUCUGCAGAGUUCGAACAGCCUCUUUGGUAUGCCGUGAAUGAGUUGUUCUUGCGGUUGAUCACACAGUGUAAUUGCCGGAGUGCCACAGGUAACUAGUUCAUGCUGUGUUAUGCGUGACAUAAUGUGGCUGUUAGGAGAGUUCAAUCUUAGGUUCUUCUAUAGUGAGGUUUCUUUGUGGUAGACUGCCUAAUCUUUUAUUAUUUAAGGUUUUACAUCUUUUUUGGGAACACUAUUUAAAACCGACUGAUUUAAAAAAAUAAUAAUAAUAAUUAACAAAGGAACAUUGUUUAAUAGUUACCCCCCCUUCGAACUGUUAAUUGUCAAGAAGCAGCAACUUUCUUUUCGACAUUUACAAUUGUAAGACCACUAAAUGAAACUUUUCUGGCUUCAAUUUGUGAGGAUCUCAAAAAAGCAAUGCUGUAUCUUCCCUACCACUCUAAAACAAAUAAUCAUAAUACCAAAAUACUACAUUUGAUUUUGCUUUUAAAAAAAUUUACUCCUGAGCUGUAUUUGAAUAUGUUAACCAAAAAUGGCAGUUUAAUAAACUGGGUGAUUUAACUUCUCUUCCUGAUUUGAAAGGGGGGGGGGGAUGCAUAAAACAAACAAACAAAAAAAACAGAUGUACUGUAGGUGAUCAUUGAUUUAAUGUUAACUAAAUAACAUGUAAAACUAAAAAUAGAGAGACGUGCCAGUCAGACUAGUGAAUCCCUGUGUGUUGAAGUUGACAAUCUUACAAUGUGGUUAAUUACCAUUAUUUACCAACAAUUACAGUUUGUACAGUGGAGCUGCCAGCUGAUUUUUUUUUUUUUUUGUUCAGGCCCUUGGACUCUGCACAACAAAAGGGAAUACAUUUUCCCCAGAGUUUAGCCACACUUUAUCAAGGGUCUUUCCUCUGAAGUGCAAUUUUGCACCAAAAUACAAAAUAAGUUGUUAAUGUUACAAAAGCAGUAUCCAACAACUCAUGAGGUUAAUUUAAUAACUCAAAAUUGUGUGCCAAGUUGUUUGUUCCUAGUAUUGUUAGUUUUAUAUUCUCUUUACUAAAUAUAGUUUUAUAUUCUCUUUACUAAAUAAAGUGAUACAGACACCACUUUGACAAAAAAGAUCUUCAUAAACCUGAUGAAUCUUUUUUUCAUUCUGUUUUUUGUUUUAAAGACAAUCUAAGUUUAUGUCAGAGUCCAGUAAUUUAAUACCCAUAUGUCCAGGUCUUGUACAGAAAGCAUUAGUUCCCUCUGUCUGUUUUUCUUUCAAACCUGAAGUAAUACAAACUAGAUGAGUAGUUAAGUUUUAUUGGGUGGUGGGAGGGGGGGAGAAAUAAAAACUGCUGCAGGUUUGGCAUUUAAAAAGAGAAUGUAGGGGAUUUAUUUCCCCUUGAGCUUUACAUUGGCGUUUAAUAAUCUUUUAAUAUUAUAUUCUUUCCACUAAUGCAAUAAAACUACCUUUUAAUCUGAAGUAAGUUUCGCUGUUGUGUGGAAACAAACAUUGCUACGUUCAAAAGCAGGGUGUUUCUAAGGUUUACGUUUGACCCUCAAAUCUGUUUAAGACCUUGUUUAUCUGUUUCUGCACAUUAGUAAGUGAUUUUGUUUUUUUAAAACAGCUACAACUUGCUAGAUAAAAAAAAAAAAAACCGUGAAUUAGAUCAAGUGAAGGAUUUGCUGAACAGAGCUUAUCAAAAGUUCAUACUGUUUUGCACUCCUUGUAGUAUGGAAACAAUCGGCUCAGGUAUUUUGCAAAGAGCACAUAAAAGCUGUUGAAUUGCAUCAUGUGAGCUCAUGGUUACAACUGUGUCGGGUUUGGACACGUAUAUAUGAAAAUUUAGCAACAAUUAUUUUAUUUUAAAAAAAUUUGAUACUUCUAUGCUGAUCAAGUAUGAGCGAUUGCACUGGAUGGGUUGUGCAUUAUUUUAUUUGUUAUCACUUUGUAUUGUAGUAAAAAAAGCUGCCACCAAAAUUCCUGAGUGCUUUACAAGUAAUGCCAUUUUGAUUUAGUUGCCAACGUAUAACAAUGAUUUGUACAAAAUAUAAUAAAUAUGACUAAAUAAAUGACGGUAUCUUUCUGCCAAUCCUGAUUUAAAAGUGUGUAGUUUCAGAACAUUGAUUACAAGUGUUGUUUGCUAAUCAUUUUACUUGUGUUGGUCACCACUGACCUUCUGCGUUAAAACUUUAAGGUUUUUGAAUAACCCUUCACAUUUUCUUAUAGAUUAGGCAAAUUACAGAAGUGAAUACAUCUAAUUGACUGUAAUAAUGAUCAUGACCAAAGAAGUAUUUGUGGUCUUUUUAUAUGUAGCAUGUGAAUGAGGUAGUAUAUUUUUGCCUACAUUUAGCCUACGUUUGCAUGUCUUGAACCUAUAAUAUGAAUGUUUUUGUUUUUAUGUGGGGUUUGCUGUGAGUGCCUAGCACAUCCAUUCUACAGAAUGCCAGCAUCAAACUAGCAGAUUACAAACUCCCAGUCUUGGUGCCUUGAUUCAAUAAGCCACUGCCUGUACAUAACUGGCCUGGUUACAGCAUUAUUACAGAUGUUUGCCAUAGAUGGAGGUCUUGCUCUUAACUUUGACGACCUGAUAACAAUAAAUUACUUUAAAGGUGGUGCUGUUUUUUCAUUUGCAGUAUUUAAUUCCAGUACCUGAUUAGAUUUACUUACAUAGCAAACGGGGGGUCAUAGUACUGCUGUUGUCUGAAAACAUUAUAACCUCCCUUGCAUUUACUUAUUUUACUGCAAUACAAAAAAGAGAUGUUACACUGUUAGAUACAGUAUGAUUUGAAUAACCUUGCUACAUAAAGGGCCCUGUUUUAAUUAUCUAUAGAGUGGCUGCAUUUGGCUGAAGUUUAGAUAAAUUGAAAAGAUUCUGAGUGUCUGAACAUCUUGGGGGUCCAAACAAGGAUGCAAACACUUGGUUUUCAAUACGUAUCCCAGUGUGAUGAGAAAUCUUCAAGCAUCUUUUGGCUAUUGCAGGUUUUGAGGUAAAUGGAAACAAGGCAUACAUGUGCAUAGAAUCCAGAGGCUGGAUAUACUUGCUCUUAAGACUUGUUGCAUGAAACUGGUUAUUCUUGGGUGCAACAAAGCAUAUAAGUGCCUUAAAAAAUACUUUUAAAAAGCCAUUUAUUUGAAGCGUGGAAAUAAAAUAAGACAAAAGAAAAGGUUAUUUACAGGAGAAUUACACAAGUGAUUAUUUUUUUUCUUCUGAAGUGCAGUCAUUAUGUACCACUUGCCUUUACCACAGUGUGGCUUGCUCUUCUCAAAUUGAGCUGAAAGUACCCACCAUAUCACAAACACAGUGAUGCACCUGGUCAAUCAGUCAAAUUAGAAUACACUUACUGUAACUGGGGUGGUUCGUCCUAAUUUCCCUUUUAAAAAAAUAAAUGUAAUAAAAAAAUUAAUAUAUUGUGUGUGUGUGUGUAUAUAUAUAUAUAUAUAUAUAUAUAUAUAUAUAUAUAAAUAUAUAAUUGCACACUUUUUUGUAAUGACUUAAGUUUUACUUUUUGAUGCUUUACUGGCAAGAGUAAAGUGGUCUACCCUUAAGCCAGUAACUGGGUCCACAUUUGAUUCGGUGCCUACACUGCAUCUCACACUUCUGAAUCACUUCCUGAUACGGUUUUGUAGCUGCAUAACCUACCUAAUGAUAACGAGUUUGAUACUAUUUUUGCUGUAUUUAGUUGUUUUUUGUGGGUUUUUUUCUAAGUGUCUUGUUUUUCCACUAUCCAAUGUCACUUUGAAAUUGAGGGUGUUUAAAAUAACAAUAAUAAUAAAUUGUUUUUGGACAUUACAACAAA